GAGCACGUCAUUUAGCUUUAAAAUUCUCUUAUCCUCCGCAAUUCCAUUAUCCAUCACAAAGUACCAAUUGCGCCCACGAUGAAGAGAGAAGACAUUACCUACCUGGGCGCUGGUCCUGCCAGUCUCCCGACCGAUGUUCUUGCGACCGCAGCUCAGGCUCUGCAAAACUACCAGGACACUGGCCUGGGUGUCGCCGAACACAGCCACCGCAGCGAAAUCGCGGCCAACAUCCUGAACAGCGCCAAGGCUGAUCUUGCCAACUUCUUGGAUAUCCCCUCCACAUACGAGAUUCUCUUCCUGCAAGGUGGCGGAUCCGGCCAAUUCGAUGCGACCGUCUACAACCUCGUCGCUGUCUGGGUUGAGAAACAGAGACAGCUUAUCGUCAAGCAGCGAGGCGAAAUUAGUGAGCAGGAAGUACUGAGUGAAUUGCGCAAGAAGGUCGAAUCAGACCUGCGACUCGACUACCUGGUUACUGGAUCAUGGUCGCUCAAGGCCAGCCAAGAAGCCAUUCGCCUUCUUGGUCCUGAAUAUGUCAACAUCGCCAGUGACGCCAGGACAGUCAAUGAUGGCAAGUUUGGAAAGAUCGCGGAUGAGUCGACCUGGAAGUUGAGCCGCAAGGCUGCCAUGGUCUACAAGUGCGAGAACGAGACGGUUGAUGGUGUUGAGUACCCUAGCUUCCCCAAGGUCCUGGAACCCAAGGGAACCGACGAAGACCCCAUCGUUAUCGGAGACUACUCCUCCACCAUUUUGUCGAGACGGAUCCCAGUUGAGAACUACUCGAUUAUCUUCUUCGGAGCACAGAAGAACCUGGGUGUUGCUGGAAUUACCGGAGUGAUCAUUAAGAAGGAUCUUCUGCCCCCCGUUUCUCCCUCGGCGUCUCCUGCUAUCCUGCGCAAGCUGGGAUUGCCAAUUGCCCCCACCAUUCUCGACUACUCCGUUGCCGCGAAGAACAACUCCCUCUAUAACACCCUUCCCAUCUUUGAUGUCUAUAUUGCUGGCCAAGUUCUCAAGAAACUACUUGCUACGUUCCCCGACAAGGUGGACGGACAGCAGGCCGUGGCUGACAGAAAGGCGAAGCUUCUCUAUGAGACGCUCGAUGCCUACCCGGAGGUGUACAAGGUCGUACCGGAUAAGGCUGUGCGUUCAAGAAUGAACGCCUGCUUCCGUGUGGUCAAGGGUGGAAACGUCGACGAUACUGAAAAGGCCUUCCUGAAGGGUGCCGUCGAGCGUGGACUUACCGGACUGAAGGGCCACAGAAGCGUCGGAGGCAUUCGUGCGUCCAACUACAAUGCCGUUCCCGAAUCCGGCAUUGAAAAGCUUGCGGCGUACCUCAAGGAGUUCGCCACGGCAUAGAGCAAAAAAAUAAUAAGAAGGGGUCUUCAUCUGCAAAAGCAUUGUUAUUCAUCACAUGGGCCAGGGGCUACAGGGUAUAUACAGGAACGGAUUCAACUUCGAAGGUUCAACCUAUUAAGGAUGGUUGCUCAACGACCAGCCUCAUUUAUUUAAUUUUUGCAUGAUAGUUUCUGCAUAGCAUAGAGCAAGUAGAACUAGUUCGAUACCAUGCUAAAGCUGUGGUCAAGGUAAGGAAGCAAAGCCUUAUGGUGGACGUCAAAGUCAUGCAUUAGCAUUAAAUAUGCAGACAAGCACAAUUGGUUGGUGCGGAUGAUAGCG